GUUGCUGCAAGAGAAAAGAACAGAAACAAACCAACCAGAGAACAUACAACAUCAUCUUCUGUGUCUAAGAAGCCUCAGCUAGACCAAAUUCCUGCAGCAAAUCUUGAUGCAGAUGAUCCUCUUACUGAUGAAGAUGAUGAAAUUAUAAAAUAUGAAUAUGAGAAUGAUGAUACUGCAGCUCUUCUGGCUGAGCUGGAAAAAAUCAAGAAAGAACAAGCUGAAGAACAUGCUCAAAAGGAACAAGCACAAAAGGCCAAAGAAGAAAGAAUUUGGAUGGAGAACAUCCUGACUGGUAAACUGCUGAACCUUACUGGGCCAGCACAGCCUCAGGCAAACUUCAAAGUUAAAAGGAGGAGAGAAGAUGAUGAUGUUGUCUUCAAGAACUGUGCCAAGGGGAUAGAUAAGACAAAAAAGGACAAAAGAUUCGUCAAUGAUACUCUGAGAUCAGUGUUUCACAAAAAGGUCAUGGAAAAGUAUAUCAAGUAG